AUGUCCGCUGAAGACGUUUACGAGGGUGCCAUCGGUAUCGACCUUGGAACCACCUACUCUUGUGUUGGUGUGUGGCAGAAUGACCGAGUCGAGAUUAUUGCCAACGACCAGGGUAACCGAACCACCCCUUCUUACGUUGCCUUCACUGAGGGUGAGCGUUUGAUCGGUGACGCCGCCAAGAACCAGUCUGCCAUGAACCCCCGUAACACCGUCUUCGACGCUAAGCGAUUGAUUGGUCGACGAUUCGACGAUGCCGACGUCAAGAAGGACAUGAAGCACUGGCCCUUCGCUGUCGUCGACAAGGACGGCUCCCCCUACGUCGAGGUUGACUACCUCGGCGAGAGGAAGACCUUCUCUCCCCAGGAGGUCUCCGCCAUGGUCCUCACCAAGAUGAAGGAGAUCGCCGAGGCCAAGCUCGGUAAGGAGGUCAAGAAGGCCGUCGUUACCGUCCCCGCCUACUUCAACGACUCUCAGCGUCUUGCCACCAAGGACGCCGGUGCCAUCGCUGGUCUCGAGGUUCUCCGAAUCAUCAACGAGCCCACCGCUGCCGCCAUCGCCUACGGUCUCGACGAGAAGACCAAGGAGGAGCGAAACGUCCUCAUCUUCGACUUGGGAGGUGGUACUUUCGAUGUCUCUCUUCUCACCAUCCAGGGUAAGGUCUUCUCCGUCAAGGCCACCGCUGGUGACACCCACUUGGGUGGUGAAGACUUUGACAACAACCUCCUUGAGCACUUCAAGGCCGAGUUCAAGAGGAAGAGCAAGCACGACAUCUCCGAGGACCCCCGUGCCAUGAGGCGAUUGAGGUCUGCUUGUGAGCGAGCCAAGCGAACUCUUUCUUCCGUUACCCAGACCACCGUCGAGGUUGACUCUCUCUACUCUGGUGUCGACUUCAACUCUUCCAUCACCCGAGCUAGGUUCGAGGAGAUCAACGCCGUUGCCUUCAAGUCUACCGUUGACCCCGUCGAGAAGGUCCUCAAGGACUCCAAGAUCCCCGCCGCCAAGGUCGACGACAUUGUCCUCGUCGGUGGUUCCACCCGUAUCCCCAAGAUCCAGUCUCUUGUCUCCGAGUACUUCGGUGGCCGUCAGCUCAACAAGUCCAUCAACCCCGAUGAGGCUGUUGCCUACGGUGCCGCUGUCCAGGCCGCUGUCCUUACCGGUCAGACCUCCGACAAGACUGCCGACCUCUUGCUUCUCGAUGUCGCUCCCCUCUCCCUCGGUGUUGCCAUGCAGGGUGACAUCUUCGGUGUUGUGCUCCCCCGAAACACCCCCAUCCCCGCCAACAAGUCUCGAGUCUUCACCACCGUCGAGGACAACCAGACCACCGUCAUGUUCCCCGUCUACGAGGGUGAGCGAACCCAGUGCAAGGACAACCGACUCCUCGGUGAAUUCGAGCUCUCUGGUAUCCCCCCCAUGCCCCGAGGCCAGGCCGAGCUCCAGUGUACCUUCGAGGUUGACGCCAACGGUCUCCUCAAGGUCUCUGCUCAGGACCGUGCUUCUGGCCGAAAGGCUCAGAUCACCAUCCAAAACUCUGUCGGUCGUCUCUCUUCCGAGGAGAUCCAGGCUAUGAUCAAGGAUGCCGAGCAGUUCAAGAACGCCGACAAGGACUUCUCUGCCAAGCACGAGGCCAAGUCUGACCUCGAGGCUUACCUCCACACCUGUGAACAAUCCAUCUCCGCCCCUGAACUUUCCAUGAAGAUCAAGCGUGGAGCUCGUGCCGCUGUCGAGUCCGAGAUCGCCAAGGCCCUCGAGGUCCUUGAGCAGGAGGACGCCACCGCUGACCAGCUUAAGAAGGCUCAGCUCGGUGUCAAGAGGGCUAUGCAGAAGGCUAUGGCUUCUGCCCGUUAA